AUGCCGCCUGAUGUAGUAGAUGCAGCGGACAAGUGUCCCGUUGAUCAAAAGACGCGCGAGAAAUGGCUGGAGGCUGCCAAAGCCCGAGGACAGCAGGAUCCGGCGAAUCCACACGUAGCUGGCGGUCCUGCGACGACUCGGCCUCUUGCUGCCGACAACCGCUUCUCCCUCGAUGCACUCAGCUGGCAGACAUGGACGGCUACGCCUCCCCGUUCGGACGCAAAGCGGCCCAAGAUGUACCGCCUGUCCACCGACCGCGAAAUCUCCACAAUUCCACGUGCCCUGCCAGACCAUCCGCAAGAGCUUCCCGACACCACAAAACGAGUACUCGCCACCGCAGCCUCCCAUGGGUCACCGGCCAAUAGCGAGAAGGAUACGGGCCACGACAAGGAGAGCGGGAACUGGAUCUACCCGUCCCAAGAAAUGUUCUUCAACGCCAUGAAGCGCAAGGGUCAUGACGCGGAUGCCAAAGAUAUGCACUCCAUCAUUCCUAUCCACAACGCCGUGAACGAACGAGCGUGGACCGAGAUCAAAAAAUGGGAGCAAGGUCGUGGGAGUGAAGCAUGCGGAGGCCCGCGACUGGUUUCGUUUGCUGGUGAUAGCAAGGCUUUGACACCGAGGGCGAGAUGGAAUAGUAUGGUCUUGGGCUAUCAAACACCGUUCGACAGACAUGACUGGGUAAUCGAUCGAUGUGGCAAGAAGGUGGAAUAUGUGAUUGACUUUUACUCCGGCAGAGAGACUGGUGCGGCCAGCCAAGGGUUGAACUUCUACUUGGAUGUAAGGCCUAAGCUGAAUACUUGGGAGGGUGUGAAGAUGAGGGUGUUCAAUACCUUUGGGGUGUGA